AUGCUCGCCAAGGAGAUUUAUCACGAGUUCGGAAGCGUCAUUGGAACGGCGAUGAUGUUGGGAUUCGACGACUACGAUUUCCAGAGCCUCGUGCUCGACGACCACGGCAAGCAGGAGAAGCUGAUAGCGAGGAGCCUGUCGAAGAUCGGGGGCAAGACGGCGCUGGCGCGCCUCGGCUCCUCGCCGGCGAAGCGCACCGAGGACUGUGGCGCCGAUGCCGACGGUGCGGUGGAUCCCGAAGACCUGGACCUCGAAGAGGAGACCCGCGGUGGCGGCCUGCGGACGGGCCCGCCGGCGGCGCCGCCGACGGGGCCCUGCGGGA